GAGCUCCGUGAAUUCAAGCAUGGCAAUAAGAUGCCACCUUUGGACUUAGUGAAAUUACUUCUCUGUCAGAUAUUUGAUAGUCAACUGUAAGUGGUACCGUUUGCAGAGUGUAAGCAUUUAGGUAUAACAAGUAACGAAGUGGGAGACCAUAUAAUCAGAACAGAGUUAAUUGCCAAAGACAAAGCCAAAAUGACGAUCCUGAGAGCAAUUACAAUGUCGGUUCUGUUGUGUUCAGUUUUCUCUUCAAAGUUGAAAGCUAAAGACAUACCCAGGAUAGCCUUCUUUGGGGAGGAUGUCGAGAUCCUCACCUCUGUGACAAAGAGCACGGAGGUCCGCUUUAAGCCCAGCACUCCGGCCCUGGGGGGUUCUGAAAAGGUUCUGAUGAAAGACGGGAUCAUCACAGAGAACAGGGUCACGUUGAACCACCUGAACCACCUCGUCCUGGAGAACGUGGGGGAGGAUGACGAGGGAGAAUAUGUGAUCAAGAACGAUGAUGACCCACAUUCUGUGAAACGCAUCAAGCUCAUUGUCAGAGAUUGUUCCAAUGAACAGAAUGUUAAAUACGGCGACAUUUACAACAUCCCCAUGCAUGACGUCUCUCUACCAAUCAUAUUGGAGUUCAGGCACAGUCCCAAUGAGAUUAAUGAUAGUGUCGGCCCAGUGACAGUGCUAUUGAACCAAUCCUUGACUCCUACGGAGGACUACAAGACCCGUCUUAGGGCGUCGGAGCAGAGGGUGAGCUUGCAUGGGGUCACCCGGGCAGACGAGGGAAGUUACACUAUCCUGGAUUCUGAGAUGAAAGUCAAGAAGAAGAUGUGCUUGAAUGUGAAAGAGCACCAGCACUUUGCUCACCUGCCGUACGCCGGGACCUUGAAGAUACACCUGUACCUGAACCGAUCCCUAGUCAAAGUGUUCUACACUCCGGACUCUGACUCCAAGCGGCGACUUGUGCUGGAUCAGGGGGAGCUGGUGGCGUCCAUGGACCCCAGUCUGGAUGGUCGCUUCUUUGUUGAGGGCUCUCUGUGCGUUCUUGAGCGCGUCCGCGUCACAGAUAAAGGACUCUUCCAAGUGACUGACCUGGAGGACUUCCCCGUGUCCAACGUGUACCUGACCGUCGACCCCUACAAGCUGCCGACCCUUUACGUGGCCAUCAUUUCGCUGCUCUCCUUGCUGGCCUUCCUGCUGUGCGUUUGCUUAUUCUCCUGCAUGCUGAAAGUGCAUCGUCGGGCUGAGAAGGCCAAGGCCAUCGCCAAGAUCGCCCAGCACGCCGGCAAGGAGGAGGGCGAGGCCUUCCGCCAGGUGGUCCAUGAUGCCUACGCCCGCUUCACAGAGGAAUCAUCCCUGCAGUCUCAGUGGGACAGCAACACAGACAAAACUGAGGUGGACAUCAAGGGCUUGGAGGUCUCCAAGCCAGGCCAGUACAAGCCCCUCUCUCCAGACAAGAACAACAUGGAGACCAGCGACUCGGGAGUGGAGUUCAACACGGCGGCCUUGCCCCUGGAUAGCGACACCGACGGCCUGCAGACGUACACGUCACAGAAGCUCCUCCUGGAUUCCGACUUGUUGAAUGGCACCGCGGUUCCUCAGGUAAAACUGAGUGCCAGUCAAACUCCCGACUCCAAAAUGAGCGGAAGUCUGACCCCCGACCCCCCAACGGGUGCCACCCCAGAUGCCGACCUGAUGAGUCACACAGUUCCCGAGCCGGCUCCGAGAUCCAAUGAACCCAGCCCAGGCUCUAUGCCCACUGCCAUGUCAAACACGGCCCCCACUCCCCCCCCAGAAGCUCCCCCUGGCACCGGUCCUGACCCCGAGGUUAGCAAAGAUGCGAUUUCACCAACACCCGACCAGGGCACUGCAGGGGGCAGCUCCAGCACCUGAGCACUGUCCCCCCCCCCCCCC